AUGCGUGGCGUCUUGCCCUUUCAAGCAAGGCCGUCACACGCAACCUCUGCGCCGGCCGCUGUGCGGGUGUUAUGCAAACGACUUUCCGCCCGGCCGUUCCACUGCACGCAUCGACAAAAUGUUGAGGAAAAGCCAACCACCAUUGAUCCGAGAAAGAACCCUGCCGACGAAAUGCUUCCGCCUAGAGAAACCAACUUCGGCAAGGCGCAGUUUGCCGACUUCAACUUGAAGGGCCGCUCCUUUAUCGUCACAGGUGGCGCUCAGGGGCUUGGUUUAAGCAUAGCAGAGGCUUUGGCAGAAGCGGGGGGUAGAGUUUACUGUUUGGAUAGACAAGAAAAGCCACACGCGGAGUACGCCGAAGCAUUGACCCGUGUUGUGCCGGAAUGGGGAGGUUCUCUUCAGUACAAGAGAGCCGACGUGGUGGAUACCGAACAUCUUGACAAGACGAUUGCUGAAAUCGCCCACGAAAACCAAGGAAUUGAUGGAUGCGUGGCCGCUGCAGGAAUUCAGCAAAUCACACCGGCCACCGAUUACAAGGUCGACGACUUGAACAUGAUGAUGGCCGUCAACUACACCGGCGUCUUCAUGACCGCAACAUCCGUUGCACGUCAAAUGUUCAAGUACAAGAAGCGCGGCAGUAUUUGCUUCAUCGCCAGCAUGUCUGGCUUGAUUGCGAAUCACGGUCUGCUUUCCCCAGUCUACAACUCUUCCAAGGCUGCAGUUAUUCAACUGGCGCGAAAUCUUGCAAUGGAGUGGACCCCUAUCACAAAGGAAGGAACUGGCGGAGUCCGAGUAAACUGCAUCAGUCCAGGGCAUAUUAUUACGCCGAUGGUGGAGAAGAACUUUCAAGAGGUCCCUGGCUUGAAAGAAGAGUGGGAGAGCCACAAUAUGUUUGGUCGACUGGCGGAGCCAAGAGAAUUCAAGGGCGCGGCUCUUUUCUUGAUGAGCAACGCUAGCACGUUUAUGACGGGCAGCAAUAUGGUCAUUGACGGUGGACACACAGCGUGGUAA